AUGAUAGACAGAGGAAAAGGGGGAUUCAGAGGCGGACGUGGCGGUGUAAAUAAACCUAGAGGAGGGCGCGGUUUUAAAGGGGGCCGCAGCGGCCCUGGACAUUCAGGGAGAAAGGGCCUUGGUGCUGGUGGAUCCAACAAGGCGAUUGUCAUCCCUCAUCGUUUUUCUGGUGUAUAUAUUGCAAAGGGGAAGUCAGACGCCCUAGUAACCAGAAACAUGGUAGUGGGAGAAUCCAUCUACGGCGAAAAACGCAUUGAAAUUGCAGUUAGCUUUUUAUUUUCUAGAUUCAUGCAUUUUAUUCAGAAUGAUGAUGGUGAAAAGAUUGAAUACAGAAUGUGGAAUCCGUUUCGUUCCAAAUUAGGUGCCACAAUCAUCGGAGGUGUCGCCAACAUGCCCAUUGGAGUGGGAAGCAAGGUAUUGUAUCUAGGAGCUGCAAAUGGAACAACAGUGUCCCAUGUUUCCGAUAUGGUUGGUCCGACUGGCGUUGUCUACGCGGUAGAAUUCUCCCACAGAUCAGCAAGGGACCUCACCAAUAUGGCAAAACGCAGGCCUAAUAUUGUGCCAAUUGUUGAAGAUGCAAGACAGCCACUGAGGUACAGAAUGUUGGUCGGCAUGGUAGAUGUAAUAUUUGCUGACGUUGCCCAACCUGACCAAGCAAGAAUCGUAGCGAUAAAUGCCAACCACUUUCUAAAACCAGCCGGAUGGUUCAUCAUUGCAAUCAAGGCCAACUGUGUAGAUUCGACGGCCAGUCCGGAGGCUGUGUUUGCAGCUGAGGUAGACAAACUACGUAAGGAACAAUGCCGCCCUAGGGAGCAACUCUCUCUAGAACCUUAUCAUCGUGAUCAUGCAGUAGUUAUCGGGCAAUAUCGCAUUAAAAAGAAGAGUACCUAA